CUGCGACCACCACGCAGCUCUGCAGGCAAGACUGUGAAUCAGCGAGCCACUCACGGUUCGGUCGAGCGGAACACGGCGGAGCACACGAGAUGGCGGCGAUGCUUCUCCGAGCCGCCGCCCGCGCCACACGACGGUCCUGCGCUCCCCUCCGCUCCAUCCUCGCGAGGCAGGGCCUCUUCUCCUCCGAAGCAACGGAGCCGUUCUCCGUCGUUCUGACCCUGUCCCCCGCGGCCGCCGGUGACGACGACGGGGGAGCGGGCGCGGGCCAGGAGGAGAACGACGACCUGAGGAGCCGAAUAUUCCGGCUGGGCCUCGCGAAGCGGAGCGCGACGGCGGCGCUCGAGAAGUGGGCCGGAGAGGGCCGCGCCGCCCCCGCGGCGGAGGAGCUCCGCCGCAUCGCCCGCGACCUCAGACGCGCUCGCCGCUACAAGCACGCCCUCGAGGUAGCAGACUGGAUGAAGACACAUCAUGAGUCUGAUUUAUCUGAGAGUGACUACGGAAUGCGCAUUGACUUGAUUACCAAAGUUUUUGGCGCUAAUGCAGCAGAAGAUUUUUUUGAGAAGCUUCCACCUGGAGCCAAAUCACUAGAAGCUCAUACAGCACUUCUCCAUUCCUAUGCUCGAUCCAAGAUGACUGACAAAGCUGAAAGGCUGUUUGAGAGAAUGAAGGAUGCUAACAUGUCUAUGGAUGUCCUGGUUUACAAUGAAAUGAUGACCUUGUACAUUUCUGUUGGGGAGCUUGAUAAAGUUCAGGUUGUUGCUGAAGAGCUGAAAAGGCAAAAUGUUUCUCCAGAUCUUUUCACUUAUAAUCUCCGGAUCAGCGCCGCUACCGCUUCCAUGGAUUUUGAGGGCUUCAAAGGAAUUCUGGAUGAGAUGUCAAAGGAUCCGAACUCAAACGAAGGAUGGGCACUGUACCGAAACCUCGCCGCAAUGUAUGUUGACGCUAGUCAGCUUGUCUGCUCUAGAAACCCACUGGUGGAAGCUGAGGCAAAGAUUAGCCAGAGGGACUGGAUAACUUAUGAUUUCCUUGUCAUUUUACAUACCGGUCUGGGCAACCGAGAGAGGAUAAAGGACAUAUGGAAAUCGAUGCUAAUGACUUCACAGAGGAUGACGAGCCGGAACUACAUCUGCGUGCUCUCCUCCCACCUCAUGUGUGGGCAACUGAAGGAUGCCGGGGAAAUCGUCGACCAGUGGCAGCGGUCGAAAGCUCCAGAGUUCGACAUCUCCGCCUGCAACAGGCUGUUGGAUGCCUUUCUGACUGCCGGUUUCACCGACACGGCGAAUAGCUUUAGAGAACUGAUGCUGCAAAAGGGUUGUAUACUGACGAGCAGGGCAGGCGUGGCUGAGUGAUUGUAAGCGGCUUGCAGCUGCUAUUUUGUAACAUGUAGCAAUAAUGAUGGACUGCAAAUCAAUUUUCGCGUUA